CAAUUUCUGGACUUGUAAGCCAUAAUUCAAGGCCAUUCAAGCAAGAAUUUUCCGUUUCACAAACAUAGCUAGCAUAUUAAUAGCAGUUUUCUAUGGAUAGAACUGAGUAAUUCUGUAAGAAAUUAUGGAAAAAUCUGAACAUUUUUGCAAGGGAUUUAUGGUGUAAAUUGUAGGAGACCUGCCCCUGGAAUGUAAAGACCUUUGGCAAAUAUCUAGCCAGGAAUUAUUUGUAUACAUACAUAUAUGGAUUUAUUCCUAAUAAAGUAGAUCUGGAACAAGUUAGUGACAUAAUUGAUGAUCCCCAGAAAGAAAUAAUUAUAAGUACUAUUUAACAGACCAGUCAUUUCAAAACACAAUGAAGAUCAAUACAUUAAAAAGAUAUGCUAUAACAUGGAGCUAAGAUAAUGGAAAACAAAGUGAAGACAGAUUUGUACGGUUCAGAUACAAUGAAGGACAGCAUAUUCAAGCUGAAAGAUACCUUCGGAAAAGAUGGCCCUAGCGCAAUUACGCCAAACCUUUUUGGCCAUCGAUAUGACAAUCACAUAUGUCCAGACUGUGGCCAACUUCAUGAAAUUAAUGGAACACAUUUAUAUGACUACUCCGCCCAAGUUGAUGAAGAUUUAGUCUGCUAUAUAUGCUUACAACCCCUGGUGGUGCCCGUUGACACUAAAUGUGGGCAUACUUAUUGCUCAUCAUGCCUCAGGAACUUUUUGAAGGUUCAGAAAAUUUGUCCCGUUGACAGACAGCACCUAACAUGGAGAGAUUGUAAUGAAGCCAGCAUUAUGGUCAAAAGAUUACUUGAUAAACUGCUUGUUGUCUGCCCCAAUGUAGACUACUGUGAGGAAGUUCUGCCAAGAUGUGAACUACAGAGUCAUCUCAAAAACAGGUGCAAGGGGGCUGUGGUGAAAUGUGGAAAGGAGAAGUUUGGCUGUCAGCACCAUGGCCCACGAAGUGCCCUAGACAGUCACAUGUUAUAUGAGUGCACCUACAGAAAUGUGGCAUCAAAUGACUCUGAUGAUGGUAUGCCUAAGAAUCCUAUAGUUGAGGGAGAGAUUACAACAAUAGACAUACAGCGUGGGUGUUAUGACUUGGGAAUCAGUAUAGUUGGUGGCACUGACACACCUCUAAUGUGUGUCGUUGUGCAGAAUUUGUUACAUGAUGGUAUAGCUGCUAAAGAUGGCAGACUACAGUCAGGGGAUCAAAUACUAGAGGUGAAUGGUGAGGACCUAACCCAAGCCACCCACACCCAGGCCAGGAAAGCCUUGGAACUCCUCUACUCAAUAUGUCGCCUCACUGUUUAUAGAGAAAAAUCAGAGGAUAAUAGUCCAAUAGAAAAAGAAGAGAUCCUUCGAAUUUCCCUAGUGAAACAGAAAGGAAAACAGCUUGGUAUAAAGCUUGUAGGAAAAAGGCAUUCUCCAGGACUUUACAUAAUGGAUGUGAUCCCAGAAUCACUAGCUGCUCAAGACAACCGCUUGAAGCGUGAUGAUAGAAUACUGGAGAUCAACUGCCAAGAUUUGACAUUUGGCACCCAAGAACAAGCAGCUAAUAUAAUACAGGCCAGUGUGGACAAAGUGCAAUUUGUUGUUUCAAGACGUAGUCGACCACAAACUCCCGAUUUAAUACGUUCAACGUCACAUGAGCAGAUUUCUGGUUCUUUAGCAGAUGAUGGUGCUCUUUGUAAGCAAUGUGAAGAAAAGCACUUCACUGUAGCCAAGGACUCAAAAGAAUCUUUAGGAAUUAGUGUCGCAGGUGGAUUGGAGAGCUUACGUGGUGAUAUUCCUCUCUAUGUAACUAACAUACAAGCUAAUGGGUGCCUAGGACGCAGCAAGCAAAUCAAAAAAGGUGACGUUCUUUUGGCCAUCAAUGGCACCAGCCUGAAGAGCCUUACACACAAAGAGGCGGUGAAAGCUCUCAAGGCAAGUGCAGAUGCUAAAAGUGUGACACUUCGAACAAUCAGCAGUGUGGAGUCAAGUGAUGGCAUUACAAACUUCUCCCCUUCAUGGUUGUACUGGUUGAAUCUUCCAAAAAAGUGCCAAAUUGUAAAAACCAUAACAAUUCAGAAGGGUUACUCGCAGAGUCUUGGUUUCUCCAUAGUGGGAGGAAUAGACAGCACACCAGGAAAACAGGGUAUACACGUCAAGUCCCUUGUCCCUGGUACACCAGCAUUCAGAGAUGGAAGACUAAAGUGUGGUGAUAUUGUACUUAGUGUUAAUGGUGAUGACAUUACAAAUAUGACCCAUGCAUAUGUCGUGCAAUUGCUCAAGAACACUAAAGGUCUAGUUACAUUGGAUGUGGUAUCAUGGCCAGGGGCACUAGUCUAA